AUAGUCAAAGCUAUUCAACGGAUUCAACUGCAUCAAUCGAUCAUUUUGAUCAACGAUCAACUAGUCGAUCAAUCAAUCGAUAUUUUUUUUAUCAUCACGCGCCCGCGCCAAAUGAUAAAAUUUUCAUAAGACAACAACAAGCUAGCAAAAAGAAUCAGCUGAAAAUUUUAUUGAGUUUCCCUGAAUUUAGAGUAUUUUUUAAACCUUUGAUUUUCUAUUUAACAGAAUUUGAAUUUCAUCAUUAGUUAUGGUUUGUAUCAGUCUCUCAUAAUAUUCAUUAAAAAUGGAUUCUCCUUCUACUGAAUCGCGUAAAAGCGUUUAUAGUCAUUUGAGUAACAUAGCAAAUAAGGGCAAUAUAUGCUCGCUGAAAAAUGCAUCUCUCGUUAAGAAACCAUUGGUAACGGGAAGAGUUAUGCAGAAGCUGCCUAUUGUAAGAAAAUCAAAGUAUCAGACUCAAGAUGUUUUAGUAGUUCAUUUGAAAGAAGUUUGCAGCCUAAAUAGCAACGAAUUACUUCAGUUUAGAGUGAUAUUCAUAAAUGAUGCAGCUCAACUUGCGGAGAAUUUGUAUUUCGAAGAAGGCGAUUGCUUAGCUUUUUGUGAUGUCAAGCUAUUCCCUGUUACUUUAUUUAGACCCAAUGCGGCUUUCUUUUGCAUGAAGCAGAUCAUAGUUGGGUUAGGACACUCCAACAAUAUUAACAAUGUGUACUAUAAACGGAAAAAUAUGCCGAGAUGGAGUCAAAUUCUGAGUACCAAUCCAGAAAUCAUGGAAUCUAGAGUAAUUGAUUUUGAAAACACUUCUGAUGAGUCUGUUACUUCUGAACCUAGCGGUGGUGGUUCACCUGUUCGAAACGAAAUUUCUGUUACGAAGGAUUGUCAAAUUAUAAUUCCUCGUUUAGUAAAUAAUGAUAUUAUUCCGUCUACUUCUGGGGAUUCUGAUGUCUUGGUGGAUCGUGUGGAAAGCAUUGAGGAAACGAAUGAUGCUAAAUCGAACAAAGCAUCGAAGUCCAGAAAUGUUAUGUCUGAUUUAAUAAGAGUAUUUGAAGAACACAACGCUCCGAGAACUGACGGUAAUAAAGAAAUUCCUAAAGACCGAAAUGAAAAAUUCGUGGAUCCUGAUAUAUACCAAUAUGUUAAACUGAAUCGACUCGAAAAAAAUUCCAGAGUUAAUGUUUAUGGGAUCGUCCGCAGAAUUGUCAAGAAACCAACGUUAUUAAGCCAUAAUAAAUGCCAUCUCGUAGUCAAUAUCAUUGACGAUUCUAAGACUGAUGAGUUUCUUGUGAACAUAUUCGCUCACAGCUUAGAUGCGCUUCCCAAGGUGUUACCUUACUGCAUCAUACGUCUUCAUCGAUUACAAAUUGAAGAAUAUAAUGGCGGAGUUAAUGGUAGAGUAUCCCACGGUCGUGAUGUUCUAGUCUUCGAUAAAGAUGAUACCAGUAUUACGUACAGUACAGCUAAUAAAUUCACGCUGACUGAUUCCGAUAAAAAAAAAGUCGAAGAGUUGAAAGAGUGGGCGCUGGAGCAUUUGACAAAUUUUCGCCCAUUUACUACUCUGAAUUCAUUAGAAUUGAAACGUAAAACCAUUAAUUUAACCGGAAAAGUAUCAUAUGUGAAAGGUUUUGAAGAUCGUCCCACUCACGUUGUAGUGGUGAGAAUUCGAGAUGGAACCAAAUGUACACUUCCACACGAGCGGUUAUCUCUAUGUUAUGAUGCAUGGGAUAAAGUAAUUACUCAUUCCGAACCUUCUUUUUCUGCAAGUGAGGAUAUUGACGUCGUAGUAGCCGAACCAGAUGGAAAUUUCAGAACAUUGAAGAUUGGUGAUCAAAUAGAACUGUACAAUGUCGAAGUUACCCUAAGAAAUAGAUUCAUGAAAACGAAUGUUACUGAAUAUCUCACAUUUCAUGUGAAAGGAACGUGGGAAAAUUUGAAGCUGGUGCCAUCAAAGGAAAAUUAUGCGAAAGAAUCGUCUUCGAAGAUCACAAAUACGAAACAUCAUCAUAGCAUUCCAUCUACAUCAAAAUCUGAUUGUGCUUUAGAGAUUGUUAAGAGAAGGAGACUUUUUGAUCCUGAUAACUCUGUAGUUUUAGAAGAUGAGGAUUUUAACAAAAAUGAGAAUGAAUUGACGAGUACCGACAAGUUAGAGAAUGCCUGUGAAACGAGCAAACGAAGAGAGGACGCGAAUUUAUUGAAUAAUAAACCCAUGUGCAGUAAAACACUUGACAAGGUAACCCAAGUUAGUAAUUCAUCAAUUCUUGAACAGCGUAACGUUAAUAUAACACUGGCCAAGGAAACUCAAGUUAGCAACGCACCGAUUUUUGAGCAGCAUGAUGCUAUUGAAAAUGUCAUUUCUCGUAUUGAAAAUGGCCCUGUUUUACCCAAUGGUUCUAAAGAAACGGGAAAUUAUGUUUUGAAAUGGCCGCAGCCAAUAUCUGAAGUUCCUUUUAAUAUCAAAGUAAAUUUGAUAAGUACUAAUCCUGCAAUAGAUGAAAAUUGUGCUGAGCAAGACGUAUUAUCAUUAAUUAAGUCGUAUUGCACGUCCUGCGAAGAAUUUUUUCCUUAUCAUCUAGCAAAGUGGAUAGAAGUGGAAGGGGAUCCAGCAGCCUUUUGUGAUAAAUGUAAAGUGCAAGGAUAUUUAAGAGAAUUGAAGUUUGUGUUGACUUUGACGGCAUAUCUUCUGGACCAACACGGAGAAGUAUCUUCAGCGGUGAUUAUAGGGGAUUACGCCGAAAAUUUCUUAGGUUUUACCGUGGCAGACAUUUGUUCGUCGAAGGAAACCAGAAUUAAAGUUAGAGAUGUUCUCAAUUCUUAUUUCUGUAGAGCUGGUAGAAAGAAAAAAUCGUUGAUAGCAUCGGUACACCCUAUUGCUAAUAAUAGUAAUGAAUUCAAAUAUCAUAUCACUGAGCUAAAAUGUUGCGUUUCGUCCCCUAUUUGAUGACUGCGUUUUCACUUUCAAAUUUUUCAUACAGCAAUUUUCAUCGUGUUCAUUUUUUUAAAAACCAUGUCUUUGUAAGUGAUAAGGUUAUUUAUAAUGUUCUCAGUGUAUUAUAAAAUUGUUCAACGUU